AUGCAUUACCAUCCGAAUCAUUACUGCAACCCAAACGAUACAAGCUAUGCCAGUAGGGCCGCCGACGGCGAGGACGAGGACCCAGAGCAACAUCGUCCCGACCCGUUGACGGAGUCGGUAGCAACCAUGACCCAAAGUAUCUAUGGAAGCGUCGGGUCCUACCAUGAAGCGCUCCAGAAUACAGCUGUGCGGUCGAACCGGACCACCACAAGCGAGACGAGCUUUGACCGGGCAGACCUGAACAAUUCCUCAGGCUCAAUGGACGAUCCGGUGAACGUUCCUCGUCCGCCCCCAGCUGAUCCGGUAGACUUUGUCGGGGUGGGUAGUGGGAUGACUGAAAUCACCCCAACGAUCAACUUUCAAGGUGACGAUGUCUUGACCGGCAUUAAUCACGAACCUUUCUCUGCCGGGGACAGUCUGGAGACAGGCCUGAUGGCCGCAGCGUCUGAUGUCGGCAGGAUGGCCCUGGCCGGCUUGACGACCAAUGACACCCAUCGCCCCCGGUCUGGCCAGGAACUUCUUGACGAGUCACAAAAACAGAUAAACAAUGCGUUUACUCUGUACCGCAAUGGGCAGCUCGACACACGCAAUAAAACCGCAGCUCAACAGAGCCUGACUUAUUUCCUCGGCCUCUUAAACUCUACACAACAAGUACCCCUGCCCCCUCCCAGCUCUUCAGCAUCUGGUCCUCCCCCUGCCACUACCCGAGAACAUUUCAAGUGUCUCACCUGUGGCAGUGAAUCUAGAAAUAGAGGAUCGUUCAAGAGGCAUGUCAACGACCAACAUCACCCCGAGUUCGAAUACCUUUGCACCAAGCCUGGCUGCAGGACGAAACAGCACCGCAAGGACAAGAUUCGGACUCACGUUCGAACUCACGGGGAGUGGAACAACUGGCACAAGCGUCAGCUCCUCUGCCCGUUGACCUGCAGUCUCUGUCCGAUUACCACGCCCACCUGGGACCAUUUCUACAGAUGCUUCAUCUCGCACUGCGUCGUGAAUGGCUCCGAAGGCACCAAUUCCCGACGCAGCAGUGCCGAUGCAGGUCAGGGAGGUCCUAAUGGCAACGUCACUGGCCCGCUCGCUCCGGGUGCUAAUGAACAGCCUCGCCGAUCAAGGGGACAUCUCGAUGUCCCCGAAGGACCUCGACGCCGUCAAACUCCAAGCCGUCGUGGGUUUGGAAUGUCCCGCGAAGGCUCAAAUUCCUCGAACCCCAGGUGUGUACCUCGUCCGGCCGCUUCCAGAACCGAGACGCCUGGGAAUCGACGCCACCUUCACCACCAUCAUCCGCCGGGUGGUGUGGCUUCGCGCCAUGCACGCCCGGAGCCAAGGUCCAGGAACUCACAUGGACCAGGAUGCUUCAACUGUCAUCACACCUUUUACAAUUGCCCCAUCGCAUUCUGUAACAAUCAGGGGCAGUCGACAGAUGUCUGCCACAUGUGUUUUUCUCCAGGAGCGAAUGCGACAGCCGUCGCUUCUAACCAUCCUCGUCAGUCCCAAGGAUUCGAGGAACUCAUCUCCCCACUGGAUACUUCUCACGGCAUCGACCCGGCCGUUCUUUUCGAACAGACAGCAGCUAGCUCCUUCCCCACAGGGCAGACUAUGCAGUAUUAUGCCCAGAUGGGCCAGUUCCACCCCGGACAACAAAACCACAGGAGCUUCCAUGGCAUGCCAGGAAACCAGAUGAACUUCCCUGGAAACUACCAAGGACACGGCCCAAACAACCCCUCCACCUGGGUAGUCAGGGACACUACCCAGCCCGGUCUGAGUGAAGAAGAGCUCUGCGCGCCACCUCUGGGAGGCAAGCCCACAUCGACCAUAGGCGCUCUGAUGCGUACCAUGACAUGGAAGAUGUCACCUCUCGGAUGGAUCAACAAGCCAUCUAAGAGUGUUCCUUUCACGGGGACUUAUGGUGGUAAGCUCAACACAGUCUACUAUACUGUUGUCUUCGGUGUAUUAAUCGAGUCAGGAAUCGCUGUAACUCCUUUGAAAAGCCAAUGUCUACCUCAGUCCUUCCGCUGCAACUGCGCCUGCAACACCCAAACCUCCAAAUUAGCCGCCGACUUCUCCCGCGGCCGCCGAGUCGAGAUGAGCUUCGCUCUAUCUCCUAGCGGACCCGGCCCAACCCUCCGCAACAGGGUCCAGAUUGUCGUUAAGCUCCUAAGUCUCCGUGGCGCAACAAGGAAGAAGACGGAAGCGAGACUUGCCAUCGAGAAGGGUGGCAAGCCGAUUCGAGGGCGGUCGCAGGCUGUUAAAUGCGAGGACGAGGACGAUGAAUCCUUGGAUGACGGCUCCAUCUUUUCGGACUCUACUUCUGCGACGGACAUGUCCCUGUUUGACGAUCAAGAACCCGUCCCCGCGAGACAACCGUUCGAGACGGAGUUCACGCUCGAUGUCGAUAUCCCUUCGUCACUCCGUCGUAUCUCCCUCUGGACUGGGGGGUUGAUGUCGGAUUUUGGCGAGUGGGACUCUUGUGAAGCUGAGUUCUUUGAUUCUGAAAAAUUGUUUGAGUACUUCUUCAGGUAUAUUCUGUGUUUCAUUAUGGUUUUUGGUCGGUCGGCUGAUCUUCGACUUUGUUCGCGAUUGAAUGACUGA